AUGGGUGUGAAUCCUCCUCUACUCUCUCCUAACGCUCUGACUGGGAUUGCUGCUGCUGCUGCUACUGCUGCUGCUGUCAUGUCUCCUCCUCUACUCUCUCCUGACGCUCCGACUGAGACUGCUGCUACUGCUACUGCUACUGUGCCCUCUCAAACCACUCACGCUCCUCCCUCUCCAACCGGAGGAGACGCUGCUCACAGAACCGACACCACCUGCUCCAGCAGCCCCAGCACCCUCACCCUCCGCAACUGCACUUCCCGCACCCCCGGACACGACAAGGACUAG